AUGGCAGCCUCCGCUCUUCUCAAGAGCCGUGUCCGCCGGCCCUCCUACCUCAACAAGCUCGCCAAAGCCGAAGACCUAAUUGACUUCUUCCCCCAUGGCUCGUACAUCGGCUGGUCCGGAUUCACGGGCGUGGGCUAUCCCAAGAAAGUUCCAACGGCGCUGGCCGACCACGUUGAGAAAAACCAGUUGGAGGGAAAGCUAAAAUACACUCUGUUCGUGGGCGCCUCAUCCGGCGCGGAGACGGAGAACCGAUGGGCGCGCCUGAAUAUGAUUGAGCGCCGCAGUCCGCAUCAGGUCGGGAAGGAGAUCGCCAAGGGCAUUAAUAAUGGCCAGAUCAAGUUCUUUGAUAAGCAUCUGAGCAUGUUUCCGUCGGAUUUGGUUUAUGGCUGGUACACCUUGGAUAAGCCCAAGAACCGCCUCGAUGUCGCCGUCAUCGAGGCCUCCGCCAUCACCGAGGACGGUGGCAUUAUCCCCGGCGCCUCCGUCGGGGCGUCCCCCGAGCUGGUCCAGAUGGCCGACAAGGUCAUCAUCGAGGUCAACACGGCCAGUCCGUCGUUCGAGGGCCUGCACGACAUCGUCAUGUCGGAUCUUCCGCCGGCUCGGAAGCCGUACCUGAUCAUGGCGCCGGAGGACCGCAUUGGCACCCCGCACAUCCCCAUUGACCCGGAGAAGGUGGUGGCCGUCGUCGAGUCCGACUACCCGGACCAGACGCAGCCCAACGCGCCCGAGGACGAGGGCUCGCAGGCGAUCGCCACCAACCUGAUCGAGUUCCUGAAGCAUGAGGUCAACCACGGGCGUCUGCCCAAGAACCUGCUGCCCAUCCAGUCGGGCAUCGGCAACAUCGCCAACGCGGUGGUGGGCGGGCUGAGCAAGGGCGGCGCCGACUUCACCAACCUCAAGGUGUGGACGGAGGUGCUGCAGGACUCGUUCCUGGACCUGUUCGACAGUGGCAACCUGGACUUCGCCACCGCGACCUCCAUCCGCUUCUCGCCCGACGGCUUCAAGCGCUUCUACGACAACUGGGAGCGCUACGCCGGUAAGCUGCUCCUGCGCUCGCAGCAGGUGUCCAACUCGCCCGAGAUCAUCCGCCGUCUGGGCUGCAUCGGCAUGAACACCCCGGUGGAGGUCGACAUCUACGCCCACGCCAACAGCACGUGCGUCAUGGGCUCGCGCAUGCUGAACGGCCUGGGCGGGUCUGCGGACUUCCUGCGCAACUCCAAGUACAGUAUCAUGCACACGCCCAGCACGCGGCCCAGCAAGGUCGACCCGACGGGAGUCAGCUGCAUCGUGCCGUUCUGCACGCACAUUGACCAGACCGAGCACGAUCUGGACGUGGUUGUGACCGAGCAGGGUCUCGCCGACGUCCGCGGCCUCUCCCCCCGCGAGCGUGCCCGUGUGAUCAUCAACAAGUGCUCUCACCCCGACUACAAGCCCAUCCUGACGGACUACCUCGACCGCGCCGAGUUCGAGUGCCUGAAGAAGGGCAUGGGCCACGAGCCGCACCUGCUGUUCCAGGCGUUCAAGAUGCACCAGAACCUGCAGGAGAAGGGCACGAUGAAGAUCGAUAGUUGGUAG